AUGUUCUUCCUUCAAGCUGCUAUUGCUCUCUUUUCUGUCGGCUUCGUCGCCGCGGCUCCAGCUGUUGAAAAGCGUGCGGCUAUUACUGACGUUGAUAUACUCAACUAUGCCCUGACGCUGGAGCAUCUCGAAGAUACCUUCUACCGUCAAGGCCUCGCCAACUUCACGCAGGAUGACUUCGCCAAAGCUGGCUACGAUGCCACCUUCUAUGGCAAUGUCCAGAAGCUUUCUAUAGACGAGGGUACUCACGUCUCCUUCCUAACCUCCGCUUUGAAGGCUGCCGGCGCUACUCCUGUCAGCGCGUGCUCGUACAGCUUUGGCGUGACCGAUGUAGCCAGCUUCCUAGCUACGGCAUCCAUUCUCGAGGGUGUUGGUGUCUCUGCUUAUCUUGGUGCGGCUGCUGAUAUUAUGAGCAAGACCUAUCUCACUGCAGCGGGUUCUAUUCUAACUGUUGAGGCCCGUCACUCCUCCUACCUACGUGCUAAUCUCAAGGAAGCCCCAUUUCCCCAACCAUUUGACGCCCCCUUGACCUUGGACGAGGUAUACUCGUUAGCCUCUGGGUUUAUCAAGUCCUGCCCUUCGAGCAAUCCGAGCCUGCCCAUAAAAUCCUUCCCUAAACUACAACUCGCUCCUGCGACUGCCGUACCCGUCGCCCCCGGCACAACGGUUACACUUCUUACUCCAGGCUACACCCUGAAGGCCGAUAAAGGCGCCCAAAUCUACGCUGCCUUUAUUGCUGUCACUGGUCCAACCUUUGUUCCCGCCAGACAUGUCAAUGGCGGCUUCUCUGUGACUCUUCCCAAAGGGUUCGCUGGCCAAACCUAUGUUGUCUUGACUACUUGUAAUGAGAGCGUCUCUGAUGACACCAUUGCUGCUGGUCCUGCUAUUCUGGAGGCCGAGCUAGCGAAGGUUUAUAACCUGAUUGUCGUCAGCGGCAUUGACAUUAACUCAGUCGUGUCCCAUGUCAACCCGUUUUUCAGCUAA